AAUGCUCGGACACUACAUUUGGACUCUUGCCGCUUUGCUGGCCACAAGUGCCGCCUUUAAACUGGAACCGCUUAUAAGCGCAGGAGCACCAGCAAUCUCUAAUCUAACCACUGCACCAUUUGUUAAGAUCGCCAAUGGUUACUAUUACUUCGAUUUGGGCGAGAAGAAGAACUGGUUUGAGGCCUACCAAGCCUGUCGCCGCAUGGAUGCAGAAUUACUUACGUUCGAGACUUUAGAGGAAUGGCAAACCAUCAGCGAAUAUGUGUUUGAGCAGAAUAUAAAACGUUUGUAUUGGACUUCAGGCACGGAUCAGGGUCGUGAGGGUGUAUACACUUGGUUUUCCAAUGGUCAAGCCUUGAUUGGCGGCAUGUGGGGCAAUGCGCAGCCUGAUAAUGCCGGCAAUACCGAGAAUUGUAUUGAAUAUGGUUGGAUUAUGGGUAAAUCCGGUAUUGGACUCAAUGAUCGUCCAUGUGGUAACAAUUAUCAAACCAAUUUUAUUUGCGAAGCAGCUAAGCCUAAAACAGCUUCGUUCGUAAUUUGGUAGAAUUGACGGCUAUCAACAUUAAGUGAUUUAGAAAAGCACAUAAGUAAUAUUUGCAGAUGCAUAUAAGCAAUAAAAACUUUUUGUUUUGUUAUACUUUGCACAUGGCUUUUAUUAUAAAAGCCACAAUUAUUUAUA